GCUUUGGAUCUUUCUCGUUUCGCUUCCGGCUGGUGAUGGUUCUUCUUUGGAAUUCUGACGAGGACGGGAUUGAUGUGUUCGCGGAUCCAACGAUACUAUUGUAACCCUAAUGAGGUAUUUUGAGCAAAAGGUAUCCGGCAUGGCGGAUGACAUCGACAACAAGAGCGGCUGACCCGAAGCCUUGCCACAACAAACUGGUCGACAAACCAUUGAAUACCGGUAGCAUCAUCUCCUUCGUCGCAGUGCUGGUUGGGUGACAAGUGUCAUCCAUCAAUAACUCAUCCCACCAGAUACAUCAUUCGUUCGAUUUGAUUGAUUGAUGCACCCAAGGCGUGUUUUCCCACGGUUCCGAAUACCUACAACCUACAAGAGCUGUUACCCAAAGAUACCACCAACCACACGACUACGUAUACCACAGUAGUAGCAUUCCUCCUAGUUGAAUGAUAGCAAGAGCAGACUAUUACAGUACUAAACCAACGAAACCAUCAUGAGCGACUUGACCGAUUCCUUUCGCGAAAAGACCAACUACAUGAAAACAUGGAAGCCAGCUAGUGCUCCUUCGAACAGAGAUCGCCUAGAACUCUACGCCUUGCACAAGCAGAGUGUGGUGGGCGACGCUCCCGCUUCGAUUCCCAAUUCCGCCACGCAACCCGAAAAAGCCAAGCACCAGGCAUGGCGGGCCAAAAAGGGAGUCUCCCAGCAAGAAGCCAUGCGAUUGUACAUUCAAGAAUGCGAUCGACAAGUCAGGACCUACGGCACGACAUCGGCACAAACGCCACAAAACACUCCCACCAUUACCAAUGGCGGUGGCGACAAUAACAACAACGCGAGUCCAAACAACGCCGCCGCACCACGCGGCAUUGCCGCCAUUCCCCUACUCUGUGCGGCAGCCUCCGAGUCACGACCUGCCUAUCUACGGCGAUUGGCCAAUACACUGAUAGAAAAUGCUUGGUGGAGUCGACAGGAACCACUCUGUGCCACACCGGGAACGCUCUGGAGUGUUCCUGAAGCAGCCGUCAUUUGCAUUGCCAGCCUGGUCGAGCGUCUCUCCCUCACACUCUUUCGCGAGGAUACACCCAUUCCACAAAAGGUCGUCCAAUCCUUUCUAUGGCCCAUGCACAAUGCCUUGUUGAGUGCCUGGAUGGGAUUGAUACUCGUAUACACCAUUCUUGGAGCCGGAGUCGAAUUCCUGCAAACUGUCUUUUGGGGAUCCCGACGUACCGGAUUGUCCAUGACAUUCAUCUGGGCAGAAAAAAUUCAGCUAUCGGCCGAUUCCAUUCUCACCAUGUGCGAACCGCAUCAACCACUCUCGGCGCGAUUGGUGGGCCUGGCACUCUUGCCCUUUACCGCCAUUGUUGCACUCAUUGGAGCGGUACAACAGGCCACGGGAGGUAAUAUGAUGGUCUCGGCGGCAUUCUACGUGUUGACCAUGUUUGUCGUCACCUGGUGGUACUGGUUCUUGGUAUUGCCCUGGUUUGCAUCCAUCUUUUUGGGUGCCGCACUGCUCAGUGGAAAUUGUUUUGCCUUGAUUGAAAUGGCGGGUGUGUAGAAGGAAUGAAUGUGGAAGCAGGAGAGAAUGCCAACUAAUGAGCACCAAACCACAGGAUGUUGGUUGGUCACCAAUGGUUGUUGCAACAAGAAGAAGAAAAUGUAAUCAAAAAGAAAGAAGAACGACAACAACAACUUGGUUGACGAAACAUCCCCACAACAACAACAAACGACGCUACGAAAGGUCACGGAACAAGGCAAGCACGACAAUCAAUCCAUACAAUUUUAGUGUACAUACCUGGUAGAAAAAGAAAACCAUAGUUAGCAUUGCCCUUUGAUC